AUGUGGAGGGCAGCUGGUUCCGCUCCCUGUUCGUGCACAAGGUGGAUCCCCGCAAGGAUGCACAUUCACCUCCUCUCCAAGAAGGAGACCAGCAACCUCUACAAGAUCCAGUUUCACAAUGUGAAGCCGGAGUGCCUGGAAGCCUACAACAAGCUGACAGAGGAGGUGCUGCCCAAGCUCCAUUCGGACCCCGACUACCCCUGUGACCUGGUGGGCAACUGGAACACGUGGUACGGCGAGCAGGACCAGGCAGUGCACCUGUGGCGCUUCUCGGGCGGGUACCCAGCGCUCAUGGACUGCAUGAACAAGCUCAGGCAGAACAAGGAGUACCUGGAGUUCCGCAAGGAGAGGAGCCGGAUGCUGCUGUCCCGCAGGAACCAACUGCUCUUGGAGUUCAGCUUCUGGAAUGAGCCCCAGCCCCGCCAGGGACCAAACAUCUACGAGCUCAGGACCUACAAGCUGAAGCCAGGCACCAUGAUCGAGUGGGGCAACAACUGGGCUCGGGCCAUCAAGUACCGCCAGGAGAACCAGGAGGCAGUCGGGGGGUUCUUCUCCCAGAUCGGGGAGCUCUACGUGGUGCACCACCUCUGGGCCUACAGGGAUCUGCAGUCCCGGGAGGAGACCAGGAAUGCGGCCUGGAGGAAGAGGGGCUGGGAUGAGAACGUUUAUUACACCGUGCCGCUGAUCCGGACCAUGGAAUCCCGGAUAAUGAUUCCCCUGAAGAUCUCCCCCCUGCAGUGAUUGGAGGCUGGGCCAGGGGGGUCUCCCUGCACCCCCAGGGGCUCCCUGGCCCUGUCCUGGCCCUGCUGGGGAAGGGUGGGGGGGUUCUGCUCC